AUGUCUAGCCCUGGUCAAACAUGGGCCAAAGUAGUUGAGCAGUCCUCUGCUCCUACAGAUAAUAAAAACCUACUGUUCGCUCGCUCAGAGUGUUCAGUUUCCCUCACAAAAUACCUUCCCACUGUAAAAACUCCUGCUCCCUCAGGCAAAUUCCCAGUGUUUUUCAACCUGUCAUCCACCCAAGCAUCUCAUGAAGAGAUUGCUGCUGCGCUGCCUCCAGGAAUCCUUGGGGUUAACUGGAGAGCAGAUAUGAACAUCCUGGAGGUGGAUGUCCAAACUGAGGAGGAACAGAGCAACCUCCUCUCCAAACCCCUCCAGAUCCCAAACCACAUUGCUCUAACCCCUCUCCCCUCCACAGCUGACUCACCUCGAUUCGUUCUUGUAAAGUUGGCUAAUGUACCCAUCACCUCAGCAAUCACCCUGGAGACCAUACUGCGCCACCACUGGGAACAGUUUGGCAAAGUGAGGGAAAUUGCUCCACACCGCAUCCCAGGCAAGGCCUGGCUCACCCGCCGGUGGGACCUGAUCAUGGAAAUUGAUCCAAAGGCCUCCACCACCCCUCCUACUAUCUUUGAGGUCCUAGAGACCAAAGUGCUCGCUUGGUGGCCCCGAGCACCCAAGACCUGCCUGACCUGUAAGAUUGUUGGGCAUAAUUCUUCCUCGUGCCCCAGGAAGAAACCAAAGACAGCUGGUAUGACCAACCCCCCCAUUCCCCCAACAUCCUCCAUGGCCAAUCCCUCUGCUGCCCCUGAG